AUGGCACUUUUAAGUGUUUUUGACGCUAAUUCCGACUUCUCUGCGGAAUCAGGAACGACAGAAAUGGUGGCACAGUUGAUGCAUCACCUUCCAUCAACACAAAAUGUAGUUACGCUGUGGUUACUUAAUGUGGAGUUCUCACCGCAUCACAUUGAAGAGCACUACUACUUUCGAGGAGGCAGCGGUGGUGGUAGCGUGAUUCCAAUUUCAACGCCAUUGGAGCGAUGGCGUUGUAUCGGUGGCAGACGCGAGGCUAACACAGUAGAGGCGUCUACAGAAGUUGGUGAGGCUCGACCGCCACCUCCUCCGCCCCCACCAAAACCGUUGAUCCAUCGUACCUCUUUACCACCCCUCUCUGACCAAGGAGAUUUUAAAAUUGAAAAGGGUGGGGAUAUAAGCAGAAUCAUUCUUGAUCUGCCUACCGCAUCCUCCUGUUUUUAUGCACUACUUGAAGAUGUCGCGCCGAAACUGCCCUCACGCACUAGUUGUCCUCCACGAAGUCAAGUUUCUUCACCCACCACCAUCACCACGGCCUUUGGCGUUAACUUGGACUGGAAUCCUCCGCCCCUGCCACCGAAGAAGAAGCACGCCUCCUGA